AUGCGAUUGUGGAGGUAUAAAAGAAAAUUAGUUUUCGUGGCAUUGUUGAUAGUAGUUAUCGUUUAUGUGGGCUUCAUGGUCAACAUACGUGAAAAACCCAUAAAAAGGACUGAGGUACCGACUUUUCCUCCGUUUAUGACGCAUCAGAAAGCUGGAUCUUUGAAUGUAGACAUUUGGGAGGACAUUUGCGGACACAAGAUGCAAUCACUAAAACAUUUUCCACUCUUUCCGCAUCGGCCAUCGACACGUUUACGAGCGUCAGAUUUGCAACUCUAUUUUCGGCCAGAAUUCGAAAAUUUUGGACUUCGAAUAUUUGGAUAUCUGUCCCCCAUCGAAUCCGGGCUUUACAGUUUUCAUGUAGAUACAAGUGAGACCUCCGAACUGUGGUUAAGCCCGGAUUCAAAGCCAGAAAACAGCAUAUUAAUCGCAAAUACAACUGCCGGGAUAGCAUCAGAGUUAGACAGCAACAGAAAUGGGAUCUCGCUUCUUGCAGGAAAACGUUAUUUUUUGGAAGUUUUACUAAAGCAUGGGAAACAUGAAAAAGGGAAGCUUCAUCACAUGGAAGUCAAAUGGAAAUUAUUUCCUGGAAUAGGAAGGGACAUGACGAAAAUCCCCUCUGAUGUGUUUGUUCAUGAUAGGUUUGGUCAACUUGAUGAAAAAACAAAUGCCGUUCUUCCCAUGCACACAAAACGCCUGGAUCCUAGCUUUGCAAUAGAUAGUCAACAGCACCUCUCAGAAAUGUAUCUCCUUCCUUUCAUUAGUGAAAGUGAUUCUAAAGAUCUUUUCCCUCCAUGUGACUACAAUCCUUCAUACCUGGUGAAAGCACCUUUAAAGAGGUACGGGGCCAUUUGGGAGAUGCAUUAUACGUCAAUUUAUCCUUUUGACUACAGUGAUGUUCUUGACAAGGAGAAAGAUUUUGUUUCUUUUGGCAAUGACAAGUUGGAGAAAGGUAUUGCCGAAGCAGUUGUCUCCCAAGUCUGGAUACAGCUCAAGAAAAAACAACCAGGGUAA